UCGCCAACGCGUGUGGAAGCAGACAAGCUACAGAUAGUACAGCCAGCCUACUUUGGUACCGCGCAGCACAGCACGCACUGCACGCACUGCACAGCACAGGCAAUGGAUCCGCCGGGCCAGGACAGGGUGGGCUGGGCUGGCCAGGAUCCCGAAAAACCUUCAAGUCUUCCCGCCCACUUCCGCUUCCAGCUCGAACUCCACCCUGUGCUCGAUCCCUGCCCCAGGGCCCCAGUACCAGGGCCCACCGUCAACCGUGUUCGUCUUCGCCCCUUGCAGCCCAGCACAGCGCCGCCGUCUCUUUAGUCCCUGACUCCCUGUUGCUCCCUGUUGGGGCUUUUGGCUUCCUUCUGCUGUCAUCCUCACACUGCUUCUUUGCUUCUUCACUUCUUCCUCAACACGUUCUCCCUCACCGGCAGCAUCAUCGACAAGUUCGACAUCGCAGCGCGAUCCAUCUUGCUUUUCAUUCCUUCUUGCCUGGACCUGGUUGUUCGACUAUCACUCUCUUAUCGACAUCGACAAUCCCGACACUCACUUCGAGACAUCCAAAAACAACAGAGCACCCACCGAUUCCUGAUUCCAUUAUCGGACCGCGCCUUUCAUAUCCAUACAGACUUUCCCCGAGACGUGGCCGACUUUUUUUU